AUGUCCUCUGCUCAUGAUGCCACCACCAAGAUCUCCAUUGACAAGUUCGACGGCGACAACUACGCGACGUGGAGCCGCUACAUGCGUGGCGUGUUCCUGACCAAGUCGGCGUGGCACGUGGUGAACCGGGAGACCACCCCCACCUUCGCCGAUCCUCGCGCCAGUGAUGACUACGUCAAGACGAACAACAUUGCGUUCGGCUUGAUGCUGCUGCACAUGAGCGCGGAUUAUCAUCACGUGGUAGAUGACUGUGAAGAGGCGUGGGUCGCGUGGGCGCGUUUGAAGACGCUGUACGGUGGAUCGCAGAAGGCUGGACGCAUCUACUUGAAGCGCCAGCUGUUCAGCAUGGAGAUGGCGGAAGGCGGCAAUGUGAUGCAUCAUUGCAACGAAGUCCUCAACAUCAGCGCGAAGCUCAGCAGCAUCGGCGCCAAGAUGGAGGACGAGGACGUGGCGAUCUGCUUGUUGCGCAGCCUCCCCAAGAGCUACGAGAACGUCGUUCUCAACUUGGAGAUGAGCAGCGCGGAACUGCGAUCGCGAGACGUCGUGAGAGUGCUCACGAAUGAGCACAUCAAGAGGCAAGGUGACAAGACGACAUCGGUGAAGACUGAAGACGCGGCGAAGACGUUCAGUACCGAGCGUGAACCUCGCCAGUGUACAUACUGCGGAAAAUUGGGGCACACGGCGGAGCGGUGCUGGACCAAGCAGAAGGACGAAAAUCAAGGUGGAGCUCGACGCGGCGGCAACAAUGCUCGUGGACGCGGAGCCAACAACGUUCAGUGGCGAACCAACAACAACAACGACGACAACUACGAUCGAGUUGCGUUCGCGGUUUCGCUGGAGGCUGGACUUUCGACGGGCAAGAAUAUGCCAGGGAUGUGGGCAGUCGACAGCGGUGCGACGCAUCACAUCUGCAACGACAAAGCCAAGUUUGCAAUCCUGAAUGAGCGAGAGGAAGGCGAACUAUCAGUGGCUGAUGGCAGCAAGGCUGCGAUCAAGGGGUGUGGGAACCAUCAUGGAACGGGUGGUUCUGCCCAGGAGUGA